CUUCCCUUUCUUCCCAACUGCCCCUCGUCUUCCUCCUCGUCUUCCCCCUGCUCUCGUCUCCUCCAGACCCCAGAGGAGCUGGACGACUCUGACUUUGAGACGGAGGACUUUGACAUCCGCAGCAAGACCAGCACGCAGACGGAGGAUGACCAGCUCAUCGCCGGCCAGAGCGCCAGGGCCAUCAUGGCCCAGCUUCCCCAGGAGCAGAAGGCCCUGAUCGCUGAGCAGGUGGCCUGCUUCCAGGAGGAGAAGAGCAAGCUGGACGCCGAGGUGUCCAAGUGGGACGACAGCGGCAAUGACAUCAUCGUGCUGGCCAAGCAGAUGUGCAUGAUCAUGAUGGAGAUGACGGACUUCACCAGGGGGAAAGGGCCGCUGAAGAACACGUCCGAUGUCAUCAGCGCCGCCAAGAAGAUCGCCGAGGCGGGAUCCAGGAUGGACAAGCUGGGCCGCACCAUCGCCGACCAAUGCCCAGACUCAGCCUGUAAGCAGGACCUGCUGGCCUACCUGCAGCGUAUCGCCCUCUACUGCCACCAGCUCAACAUCUGCAGCAAAGUUAAGGCCGAGGUGCAGAACCUGGGGGGAGAGCUGGUCGUCUCUGGGGUGGACAGCGCCAUGUCCCUGAUCCAGGCGGCCAAGAACCUGAUGAACACGGUGGUGUCCACCGUCAAGGCCUCCUACGUGGCCUCCACCAAGUACCAGAAGUCCCUGGGGAUGCAGUCCCUCAACAUGCCUGCCAUCUCCUGGAGGAUGAAGGCCCCCGAGAAGAAGCCGCUGGUCAAGAGGGAGAAGCAGGACGACGGCCAGGCCAACAAGGUCAAGAGGUCGUCCCAGAAGAAGCACGUGAACCCCGUGCAGGCCCUGAGCGAGUUCAAGGCCAUGGAUAGCAUCUAGAGAGACGCCAGGCGUCGGAAGGGGAAAGGUUUAGGAGCUGGUGUACUCAGUAGCUAACUCUGUGAAUUUGUAGAUUGAGCUUUUUCGUCCUGUCAGAAACAACGGGGAAGGGGUUAGGGAUGUGAAAGGAAGGUUGUUUGAAAGCCUUCCGCCCACGUUGCCCGGUCGACCUGUGUGUUUGAUGUGCAGUUGCUUAUUUUCAGGGCUUUUUAAUGUAUCGACACUUUGGCCCUUGCUGGGAAUCUCAUUUUAAUUCAAACAAAUGCGUUCUGAUAUGCCUCCGUCUCAAACCUAAGGUUUUUCUCUUGGGGGCGGAAAAACGCAAUUAGAGGAAAGCAACUGGACAAAGGGCAUUUAUUCUUUUUCUUCAUCUCUCUUUUUGGGGGGUUUCCAGAAUGUUCAUGCGAGGAGAGGAAAGCUUUCAUAGAUAUGCCGCAAGAUCUAAUCCUCAGAAUCUUCUGUGUUGAUGUGAUUUCCUGUGUUUUAUAUUCUUUCUAACAUAUUUUAUUAUUGCAUGGGAGUGUUUCGGUGGUAUCCCACUUUGUGUCGUAUAUAAUAUGGCCAAAACUAGUCAUGUGUAGUUGUGCUGAUGUUGACUAUGCAAACUCUCAACUGCCUAACUUUUCCUCGAGCAAUCAUUCUAGUUCAUUUGGGAAGUGUCGAGCUUUCCCUGGAGGGGUUUCAGUCUAGCUCUGUGAAACCAAAGUCAAUAUGUUUUCCAUGUGUGUACUGUACUCUCUGCGCCUAAACCAGUUCAGUUUUAGUUUGUUAUACCUCUUUGUACUAAUGACACAUAAUAUUUUUUUGCACCACUGCUUUCAGUACAGUAACUAUUGUUGUAAUAUCUCCGUGACAUUUGGAGAAUGUAAAUGUUACGAUUAAUCCCCAGCGAUAUUAAAAACACGAGCCAGGUUUUAGUCCAGAUCCUCUGUUUUGUGUGCUCUGAGUUCAGCAAACCAAGCCUAAUGGAAAAGAGUUCCCUGCCUUCUGUUUCAAUACACAUGACUGGCCUGGGGGUGCCAUCUUACACACAUACACUCACUCCUACUACACACACACACACACACGGUCACACUCUGCCUCACACACAGUCAACGAGACUCUUAAAUGAGCCGUUAACCCCUUCCUUGCUCCUGGUCCCUGUUGGCUCUUAGUGAGAGUGGAGGACAGGUGAAUAGAGUGGACCAAGCCUGGCCACACGUCUCCACAGCAGUUUGGAGGUGGCACUGACUGUCAGCGGGGGUAAUCAUUUAAUCAUUCAAAUUUGGCUUGUAUCUCUGCAGCUUAGGGAUUGUUGGGAUGGAGAACAGCAUUCUCCUCUAGCUUGGACCAGUACAACUCCUCCCUAAACCGACAGGCUAAACCUCAUGCUCCAGACAAGCAAACGGCCAUCGUGAUUUCACAUCAUGCACACACCCAAAAAAAAAACCCUGUUGGUGAAGCACUAGGAUCACUUGCUUUUAGUCGUAGAAGAAAGUGUUCUCAAGGCGUCUGAGCUUGGAAAGGGCAGCAAAUGGUCUAGCCAUAGCCUUCCCCUCAUAGGGACGCAGUGGUCCUUUGAAGCCCAGCCACUGCAGACUGAAUGACCAUCUCUCCCUGCUAGAUUGACAUCUAAACAGAAUAACAAAAGUGGGUCAUGUAAGGUUUUCUCCUCCAAAAAAAUGAUUUCUCAUGAUUGAAAUCUCCUUUGUUGUGAGGACGAGUUUGCAUCCAAAGUGUUAACACAAUAUUGCUGUGGACGUUCUUUAACUCUGUUAUUGGAAACUGUACUGCACACUAUUUUACAUAUUCAUGUACCUGCUUUAUUUCAUGUUAAAUAAAUGAGAUGGAUACUGAA